AUACAGAGCAGACACUGGUUGUCGAAGAGGUUGAAACAAGAAGGCUACCUCGAAAAUUUGAUGAUAGUCCUACAACUGAAAUGGAUAGAACGUGCAGGAGGAUUUUUGACUAUGUAUUUGAUCUGCAAGGUAGAGACCGAGCUGGUCCACUGAAGUCAAGAACAUAUGCAAAACCUCGAAAAUGGAUGUUUGGGAAAGGUCGAAUAAUUAUUCAAUGCGGAUGUUGCUACAAUUUCAUUGAAGACCGGCAUGGGAACCCCCUUGGUAUCUUAAGAUAUGAUGAGGUGGAUCCGAUGCCUUAUGUGAUAAAGAGAAUGGUCAAAAGAUCAAUUCAAUGGAGUAUACUACCGCCGGACUGCAUACCGAACAACUACAUCAUCAAUAUUUAUGAUGAAGGGAGCUGCAUUCCUCCCCAUAUUGAACAUCAUGAUUUUGUUAGACCCUUUUGCACAGUGUCUAUAGUCUUCGGGAAAGAGAUUGAUAUCGUUGGUCCCGGGGAAUUCAGAGGGUCCGUUGAAAUUUCACUGCCACUGGGAUCGGUGCUGGUCUUAGAUGGAAAUGGUGUUGAUUUAGCUAAACAUUGCAUCCCGGGAGUACGACAUCCCUGA